AUGUCGAUCACGCCCUUGCUGCUGAAGUUGCGGUGCGAGUGGCUGUUGGUAUGGGCGCUCAGAGCAGUCCUCCUGUGUGGCGCUGGCCACUUCCUGUGGACUUCCUUUUUCACGUCUUCGUCGGCGGGUUCACGCUCAUACGGCGAGCAAUGGGAGCGGCCAGUUCCAAUAGGCUACCGCAUUCGAACUUCGGGCUGCACGAUUCCCAGGUUCGACCCAUUCGACCCUACGGUCAAGCCUUUCAUCCCGCGCAGCUUCAAGCGCGCCCAGUGUCCAGGAAAACCAAACUUUCUCACCUUGAGGAACGGCUUUCCAUCCGUACUUCCGAGGGAAUUGGAGAAACACGACGUGCUUCCGGAGGACCUCGUCUGCUUUUACAACGAAAUCUACCGUAACGCAUCCGUAGCUGUUCCAGACAAACAUUACAUGAAAGGAAGAAGAAAGAGGUUGUCAUUCGAUACGGUUCUUAAGGAGGAGUUUAUCGUUGUAGAAUGCGCCACAAAGAAGUCUCCGGAGAGUUCAUUUCACAGACAGUUUCUGUUGAACCCGCUCCUCAAGAAUAACGUGGAGAAGCGAUGCCGAAGGGCGCGCAGACGGACGCCGCACAACCUCAGCGUUAUAAUGCUCGGUCUGGACUCGGUUUCCUACCUGAACUUCGACAGGCAUUUGCCGGAGACUGCGAAGUUUGUGCGAGAGAAACUAGGCGCGUUCGAACUUCAUGGAUACAACAAAGUGGGGGAAAACACGUAUCCAAACGGAGUUGCCUUCCUCGCAGGUCUUAAGGCCUUCGAAGCGGACCAGGCAAAUGUGUUCGGAUUCUACGACAAGCUGAGUUCAAGGUUAGUCUGGCGUCAAUAUUCAUUACGUGGCUAUCGGACCAUGAUGUUCGAAGAAUGGGUGCAUCUGAGCUUGUUUUCUUCGCGCUCGACCAAAGGAUUCCGGCGCCAACAAACCGACUACUACCCCCGACACGUCGUCAUGCUAAUGGAAGACUUAGGCAAGACCGUAGAAGAUGAUCAAAGCUGUUUGGGACCCACAACGCAGUCCAAAGAACUUCUCGGCUAUCUUGCCAACUUCGUCAAUGUAAUGUCGAAGCGACCGUUCUUCGUAUUCGCCUGGUUCGUCGACAUAACACACGAAAGGCUCAACAACGCAGCCUAUGCAGACGAGCCCUUCCGGCAAGUGCUCGAAGCUCUGUAUGCUUCUGGCGCACUCAACCACACAGUGCUCGCCUUCUUCAGUGACCACGGAAUGCGGAAAGGAGACAUCCGUACUACGUACAUCGGGAGGCUGGAAGACAUUCAGCCUUUCGCCUUCCUCGUCUUUCCACCGUGGUUCCUAGAAAAGAAUCCUGAAGCAGCUCGGAGCCUUCGUGUCAACCAGCACCGCCUGACGACGCCAUUCGACUUGCACGCGACGUUCGUCGAGCUGGUCUACUAUCCCGUCCGUAAGCGACCGCGUACUGCGUACGGACUUAGCUUGCUUAACGAGAUACCGGAGCAGAGGACGUGCGUCGACGCGUCCAUUAAGUGUAAAUGGUGCUCGUGCAAUGUGCAGGGCGAUGCUGCCGUAUCCCGUACUCUGGCACGGGCAAUGGCACAUAAGGUUGUUUCUGACGUCAACGAGCUCUUAGCGCGGGAAACUCGAAAGUGUGCUAAGUACCAACUGAUUCGGGUGAUCGACGUCACGUUGCUGCAGGCGACGCCGGAGGAUCUGGCAAGAAACACGAGUCAUUACUUAAUCGACGUCAUGUUGUCGCCUGGCAACGUCGUCUUAGAAAGCACAGUACGCUUUAAUGCUGGCAAUAUAAUCAAGGUGGAGGAUAUUAGUCGCGUUGACGAGUACAAGGCACAGACCUACUGCAUGCGUGGACACCAGCUCGAGCAAUACUGCUACUGCAGCCGUAAUCUCGGUGGACUGAUGUGA